AUGCCCACCCGCGUCAUCCUCGUCGGCAUCGGCGGCGCAAGCUGCUCGGGCAAGACGCUGCUCGCCAAACACCUCGCCCGGCUGCUGGGACCCGGCCAUUCUGUCCUUAUCCACCAAGACGACUUUGCGCCGACGUCUGAAAUGGUCCCCGUGUCGCCCGAAUUCGGCGUGCAGGACUGGGACGACCCGCCGACCUGCGUCGAGUGGCCGCGCAUGCGCCAGGUGCUCGGCGCAAUCAGGCAGUCGGGCAAGGUCCCGCAGGAACACGACAGCUUUGACCACCUCAAUGCCCAGGUCGAGGUCGGCGUGGACGGCGGCGUGGUGCACGAGUGGGGUACCAAGCUGGGCCAGGUGACGGUGACGGGCGGCGGCGAGGAAAAGAUUGUGUGGGUCCUGGUAGACGGGUUCGUGCUUUACUGGGACCGCGGCGUGUCGGACGCGCUCGACGUCAAGCUCCUAAUGCGCGUGCCGCGUGCGGUGCUCAAGGCGCGGCGCGAGGCGCGUGCAACGUACGUUCUGCAGAACGCCGAGGACGCCGCAACGGGCGGGGUAUGGACCGACCCACCAGGAUACUUUGACAACAUUGUCUACCCGGCCUACGUCAAGGCUCACGCCAGUGUCAUGUCCGGUGGAGACGUGGAGAAUGGAACUGUGACUACGGCGGACAUUACAGUGCUUGCUCCAGGAGAGGGGGAAGGGGAGAUGACCCGCGUCCUCGGCGAGGCAUGUGCCGUGCUCGUGGCCGCUGCGAACGCUGGAGUGGGCAGCUAUGUGGAGUAG